AAGUAUUUUUGGGUUCGUUUACAGUCUACUUUUUCUCUAGAAUCAUUCAGGAUGCAUGUUUGUGCAGCUCAGUCAUAGUCAAGUGGCUUUCAUGGAACAUAGUUCCAACUUCAGUCAUUCUGGACAGUCAACUAUAUCUCUUGCAACUAUUUUACACAAACCCGUCGUUCAACGUUACUAUUCUUCCUACAUUCCUGUUGUCAGAAGCCCUACCAUCACAACUCGACAGGUUUCAAUCCAGAGGUUUCCCUCAGAAUGGUUUUCGGCUGGAAUAAGAGCGACGAUCGAGUUGAAGCGCUCGUAGUUUGGAAGAAGUCAGCAGAUACUGACUUAAACGAGCUCAAAACUUGGAAGGAAAAAGAGUUUGCGCCAUGGAAGACUACAACAGAUGAUGCAUUGACCAAGCUCAAAAAAUGGAAGAGCGGCGAGUUUGUGGAUUGGCAGACUAGAAUAGAUGCCGAGUUGAAGAGUUUUGCGUCGACCCAAAAGAAAAGCUUGUAUUGGCAGCAAGAACUCGACAAAUGGAAAACCACCACGAAUACUCGACUUGGAGAGCUUGAUAAGAACAAAAUGGGUGUUAAGGACUACAGGAAGGAGCGGGACGAGAGAGAUAAACGCCUUGGUGAUAUUCAAAACCUUUUGACUUCAGCAAUUCCCGAUAUGCGCGACCGAAUGGAAGUGGUUGAGAGCAAAGUCGCGAAGCUCGAAAAGAAAGCAAACUUGAUUGACGAGACUGUCCAUAAGCUGAAGCAGACCAAGACCGGAGAUCCUGACUUCGGAGGCAACGGCAGCAACGUUAAUAGCAAUAUCCCUGGCCUUGACCCACGCGGGAACAUCUACAUGAUUCAGCAGCAAGGUCAACAGUCUAUCCGUACCAUCCCUCUGGAUGAGCUCAACAACUCUCCUUUCAAUUCUCCGGCGCCAAUUUGCAGAUACCCCAUCUACUGUACGCCGUAUAAUCGAGUAGGAAGUCGUCGCCACCGAGACGAAGAUGAAGAUGAAGCAUCAUUUUAUAACCAACAGCAAAUGCCCAAUAUUCGCUUGGGUUUCUCGAGAACCACGCCUGGAGGGUUGUUCAAGAAGGGAAAGAAGGAUCGAUACGAAUUUUUGCUUGGGGGUGGGCAUGGGGCGAUGCGGAAUGGGAGGACGCGGCGGUCAGAGUAUGGGUAUUAGAGGGCUUGAUGGUGUGCGCAUUUUGGAUAUGGAGCUUGCGUUGGUCUUGUUUCAGGGAGUCUGAGCCUGAUUUUUAUUUACAUUCUCAUUGGGAAGGCCAUUACAGAAGGUUGAUCUGGUCAUUUGGCUUGGAAUUGUCGUUUCCUUUGGAUUAGAGCUGUUUUGCGUUGACCUGAAAAGGCAUGAUUUCGUUUCUGUAUUAUUUGUAUCUGUAGAAUGAAUACAGGACAGGAGAUCUUGACUAAGAUUAUACGCAUGCCUAUUCGUGCCCCACAAAUCAAUAUCUGUGAUCAUAAACUUUUGCUCAUCGCAUACAGGCAGACAUGCAAAUAAGCAGUUAACACGAAAAGCACACGAGGGGAGUGCCUCCCACAUCACAAACACUUGAAUCGCUCCGAAUCGGACCUACCCUAAUAUACUCAAACAAGCGAGUUUUUGGCACAACAAGCUUUGAGAAGGGGGCUCAGUGUAGACCAGCGUGGAUACUUAUGCU